AUGGCACCUCGCAAUGAUGCCAAAGAUGAUGGUGCGGAUGAUCCUAAGGCGGAGACUGGCCACGCCACAUUGGCGACGUUGCGGAUAGGAACGAAGGUCAUGGUCGAGAAGGAUGGCGAAAAGCGCAAAGCAGAGAUCUUGUCCAUGCAAACCCGCAAAGGCCGACCGACCUUCUACGUCCACUACCAAGAGUUCAACAAGCGUCUCGAUGAAUGGGUAUCGGCUGAACGCCUCGACCUCUCACAGGAGGUCGAGUGGCCAGUUCCCGAAAAGCCGGACAACAAGUCCAAGCAGAAGACUGCGCAGUCCAAGGCACAGCAGCUGUCCAAGACUGACACGAAAGCGCCACUUACCAAGGCACAAAAGCGACCUCGUUCCGGAACGCUGACGGGAGAGCAAGUAGAGACGCCCCUGGACUCUUCGGCGAAGUCUAGCAGACGGCCGUCCAACCAAGGUGGUAAGGAGAACCGCGACCCCACCGUCACCAUCGCCACCGAGGAGAUAGGCGGCACGCCCCAACCGGAAGAUGAAUCUGCAAUCGAUCUCAUUGACAUGCAGGAGGCUGCUGUGGCCGCCAAAGCAGCACCUCAACAUGCACCCUACAGCCGCGAAGAGGAGAUUGAAAAGCUGCGCACCGGUGGCAGCAUGACGCAGAACCAAACAGAGAUCUCGCGCGUCCGCAACUUGGAGCGCAUACAGAUGGGAAAUUACGAGAUAGAACCUUGGUAUUUCUCACCGUAUCCGGCCGAAUUUGCUGAUGCGGAUAUGGUCUAUAUCUGCGAGUUCUGCUUGUCGUACUAUGGCAAUCAUACGCAGUUUGUGCGCCACCGGCAUAAGUGCACCCUUCUACAUCCUCCCGGAAACGAGAUCUACCGUGACGAGAACGUUUCGUUCUUCGAGAUCGAUGGGCGCAGACAACGGACAUGGUGUCGGAAUCUUUGUCUGCUCAGCAAGCUGUUCCUGGACCACAAGACGCUGUAUUACGACGUCGAUCCGUUCUUGUUCUAUUGCAUGACCGUGCGCUCCGAACACGGCCACCACCUUGUGGGCUAUUUCAGCAAGGAGAAGGAGUCUGCCGAAGGCUACAACGUCGCGUGUAUCCUAACCCUGCCUCAGCAUCAACGGAAGGGCUACGGCAAGCUCCUCAUCCAAUUCUCGUACGAGCUCUCUAAGAUCGAAGGAAAGCUCGGCUCACCGGAGAAGCCUCUCUCAGAUCUCGGACUACUUGGUUACCGCGCUUACUGGCAAGAGGUCAUUGUCGACUUGCUUGUUGAUCGAGAAGCAGAAGGCACACCUAUUCUUAGUAUUGAAGAUAUUGGUCAGGCGUUAGCCAUGACGACUAACGACGUCCUGCAUACGUUGCAGACUCUCAAUAUGCUGCGGUACCAGAGUAAGAACCAUGUUAUCGUGCUGACGGAUGCGGCGGUUGAGCAGAGGGAUAAGCAGAAGGAGAAGGAGAGACUAAAGGGCGGUAGGCGGGUUAUUGAGGGGGAGAGGUUAGCAGGGUGGAAGCCGCCGGUAUUCAAUGCGGCUGCAAGGACGUGGAAUUGGUAG